GCCACCACAGAGUUAAAUAGCAGCCAUGCACGGUGUGGUGUGAUGGGACAAAUGUAACCAUUUUUCGAAGUGAUUAUUCUCUUAUUUUCAGUGUCUCAUUGUAUAAAACUAACGACGAACGAUAAGUGGACAUCUUUAAUAAUCUAUGUGUGAAUGGACUUGAGCUGUUAAUUUACUGACGGUCCGUUUGGGCGAAUUUUGUACCACCCGCCGCCUCGUCUGUGUGCUGUGAUUUUUACCCAACGUUGUAAGCCUUAGCAUUAAGACCAGUACAUGAUGGAGACCCAAGGACAACCAAGGCAAGUCUUACACGUCCGGAGUGACUCGGAUGCCGAGUUGGAAGACUUGUUUAAAAAUGUUAUGAACCCAAGAGAACCGAACCCAACACACAGCUCCAUCCCAAUGCGGAUGAGAAAUCUCCCGUCUUCCUUUUUCAAAGAGCCAGAUCGUGUUCAUGGACAUUCGAGAGAGUCAAGUGCCGACAGUACGAACUAUACCACCAAUGGUAGUAAUGGAAGCGGACAAUCUCUGGCGGCCCCCGGGCUGACUAUUGCUCAUUCACGGGCGCACUCGUCCCCCGCUGCACUGCAAGAAAUGCACGCUGUAGGAACACAGAACUUACAACAUCAACACUUGAGACAACAAAGUUAUGAUAUCACCGACACUGACACACCGCUUCCCCCUGGCUGGGAGAUGGCGUCCACUAGUACCGGACAGAGAUACUUUCUUGACAACAAGGGAAGGUUUUUACUCUCAUCCCAAAAGCCAGAUGACAAUCAUAAUAGACAUUCAACUACAUGGCAGGAUCCACGCAAGACCCUGAGUACGUCUCAGCUAAAUAAGCUGAAUACUGUUAACCCACCACCGCCAAUGCCUCCUCAGAUCUCUAAUAAUAAUAUGACACCAUCUCCACAAACUGGUAGUAGUCAGCAACCAGUGCCUGCAAUGCAGGACCUUGGCCCUCUACCAUCCAACUGGGAACAGGCAACUACACCAGAAGGGGAGGUCUACUUUAUCAACCAUAUGGACAGGAGUACAACUUGGCUGGAUCCAAGAAUUGCCAUGCGCUCACCAGGUACUGUCCAAGCAGCCUCAGCAGCCUUACAGCAAAACACACAACAGCAAACUGCACAGCCACCACCACCACAGCAACCAAUGGCAAUGUCACCAACACCAACACAACAACAGCAGGCUGGCAAGAUUGCAGCUGCUGACAUGUCUGUACAACAACGUCAACAGCAGUUAAGGUUACAGCGAUUGCAGAUGGAAAGGGAGUGCUUGCAGCGACGACAACAAGAAAUACUUCAACAGAUGGCCGCAAGUGGAAAAAACAGAUCUCUGCCUAGAAAUUUUUGGCCUCAAGAGGGCACUGCUCAUUUGAAAGGGGGCCAGGUUGGCGUGCCCAAGGAGCUUCAAUUGAGGAGAGAGAUUGUGGACCCUGUGACUGUGAGUAAUGGUAAUCAAGAUGGUAAUACAGUCAGUACUACAGGCCUUGAUCCAUUCUUGAGUAGCAGUAAUACAUCUAACUUCCAUAGCCGGGAGGAAAGUGGUGAUAGCGGAUGUGGGAUGAGCAGUUAUAGCCAUCCACGUACACCCGAUGACUUACUCAGUAAUGUAGAAGAUAUGGAAACUAUUGAAGGUGAACGCAAGACUCCGAUCCCAGCCUCCAUGACGCCACGUCAUAUGGACUUCUUAGACUCGAUGCCGGGUACCAACAUUGAUAUGGGUCCAAUGGAAGGCACCGGUGAUAAUAGUAACCAAGGCAACAUGGAUAGUGAUGAUCUGGUACCCAGUCUUCAUGAAGCACUCAAUACGGACAUCUUGAAUGAUGUAGAAGCAGUCCUGGCCUCACCUAAUAGAAUCGAUAACUUUCUCACAUGGUUAUAAAUACAGUCUUCCUGGUCUUACCUCAAUUAUCAACCACAUACAAAUUAUCACUUAAUCACUGCAUCAGUAUGGAUUGUAUAAACAUUAACCAGUGCUAUGACGUUGUUUAUGGUCUUUAUAUUGAUGUAGUUUUUUGACUAACACGAAGUUGGUUUGCUUUCAUGGUGGCAAACCAUGAGGCAAAUAUUGCUAAAUUAACAAAAAAAAACACAUAGCACCUCUGUAUUUCAAUGCAUUGUGAAGUAUAUACACUGGUGGUGUAGACACACAAAACAGAGUUCCUAUGUUAUGCAGAAUUUAAGAACAUGCUUUGAUAUUUUUCCAAUGAAUAUUUGAAUUCAGUUCAUGAGACAUCAACUCGCAGUGAUUUGAUGUCUUGUGUUUAUGGAAACCAGAUCUAUUAUGUCAAUAUUAAACUGCAAGAAGUUAGAUACUAGGAUUGUACCGGUGCUCUAGGUUAAUAUUGUACCUUGUAGACAAUGAAACAAUCAAACAGUAUUAACUGACAAGUUAAUAUUGUACCUUGUAGACAAUGAAACAAUCAAACAGUAUUAACUGACAAGUGGACUAUUACACUCUUCCAUCGUGUAAGAUGUGACAAUGUGUACACAUUAAGAGACUUGUCCUCACUGGCUGGUUGGAAAUGAAGAGGUAAAAGACUUGCCUCCUUUGUCUCAUUAAUUUGACUACACGAAAACAAGAUGGCUGCACCGUGAUUGAGGAAUUGAGUUGUGAUAGAAACAAAAGAUGUGCAACUGCAGAGUACACCAUUGGUAAAUGUAUAACGGUUCAACAAGUUUGAUUCAGAGUACACCAUUGGUAAAUGUAUAACGGUUCAACAAGUUUGAUUCAGAGUACACCAUUGGUAAAUGUAUAACGGUUCAACAAGUUUGAUUCAGAGUACACCAUUGGUAAAUGUAUAACGGUUCAACAAGUUUGAUUCAGAGUACACCAUUGGUAAAUGUAUAACGGUUCAACAAGUUUGAUUCAGAGUACACCAUUGGUAAAUGUAUAACGGUUCAACAAGUUUGAUUCAGAGUACACCAUUGGUAAAUGUAUAACGGUUCAACAAGUUUGAUUCAGAGUACACCAUUGGUAAAUGUAUAAUGGUUCAACAAGUUUGAUUCAGAGUACACCAUUGGUAAAUGUAUAACGGUUCAACAAGUUUGAUUCAGAGUACACCAUUGGUAAAUGUAUAACGGUUCAACAAGUUUGAUUCAGAGUACACCAUUGGUAAAUGUAUAACGGUUCAACAAGUUUGAUUCAGAGUACACCAUUGGUAAAUGUAUAAUGGUUCAACAAGUUUGAUUCAGAGUACACCAUUGGUAAAUGUAUAAUGGUUCAACAAGUUUGAUUCAGAGUACACCAUUGGUAAAUGUAUAACGGUUCAACAAGUUUGAUUCAGAGUACACCAUUGGUAAAUGUAUAAUGGUUCAACAAGUUUGAUUCAGAGUACACCAUUGGUAAAUGUAUAAUGGUUCAACAAGUUUGAUUUAGA